GGAAAGGAGCGCGAGGGGAGGGCCUGGUCGCCAGGGGUUGGGGGGGGUGGGGCCUGGGCUGGCGGCGGGGACCGGGCCUGGGGCCGGGACUGCGACCCGGGGCGGGCCGCGGCUCCCUGCCGAGACCGGGCGGGAUCCAGGUUAACACAGAAAUCAGCUGUUGGGGCCAUGCCUGUUUUAAGACCUGUUUCGUCUCACAAACCCCAGCAGAAGACAGAUGGGCCAGUCCUCGAAGUGGAUGACUUCCCUUCCCUGAGCAAGAGAUGGAAUAGUACCUGGGAUCUGCCCACCACUAGACUCUGGGCUUACUAAGCCAACUGAAUGAAGGGAUGUAACAGACCUGGGAGGGACACUGAAGCCUGCAGUGGGGGGGGAGGGGCCUGGACAUAACCCUUCCCCCCCAGACUCCUCCCACUCGGAAUCCACUCAGCCAUGGACUCUGGACCUGGAAAGAGGAGAGAAGCUGCACUUUGGUGUAUCUGAUUUGGGAUUCUCAGUUUUGGAAAUGGUGUGCUGGAUGGGGGUUUCAUGAUCUCCAGGGGAGCAAUUGAGAGAAGAAAAGAAAGGUGCAUGGCUGCUUCCUAACCCGAAGCCCAGAGGAGGCAUUCUUUGCGCGGUGGGGAGUGAGCCAGGCAAGCGAGGGCAGCCUCGGCCCCACCCCUGCCCGCCUCCCCCGUGGGGGCCAGGAUGCUGAAGAAGCAGUCUGCAGGGCUUGUGCUGUGGGGCGCCAUCCUCUUCGUGGCCUGGAACGCCCUGCUGCUGCUCUUCUUCUGGACGCGCCCGGCGCCCGGCAGGCUGCCUUCCGACGGCGCUCUCUCUGACGACCCCGCCGGCCUCACCCGCGAGGUGAUCCGCCUGGCCCAGGACGCCGAGGUGGAGCUGGAGCGGCAGCGGGGGCUGUUGCAGCAGAUCAGAGAGCACCAUGCGCGCUGGAGCCAGCGGCGGCGGGUGCCCUCUGCGGUCACACCCGUCCCGCCGCGCGUGUCCGCGCCCUCGCCGCCCGCGGUGAUCCCCAUCCUGGUCAUCGCCUGCGACCGCAGCACCGUGCGGCGCUGCCUGGACAAGCUGCUGCAUUACCGGCCCUCGGCCGAGCUCUUCCCCAUCAUCGUAAGCCAGGACUGCGGGCACGAGGAGACGGCGCAGGUCAUCGCCUCCUACGGCAGCGCCGUUACGCACAUCCGGCAGCCGGACCUGAGCGCCAUCGCCGUGCAGCCCGAUCACCGCAAGUUCCAGGGCUACUACAAGAUCGCGCGCCACUACCGCUGGGCGCUGGGCCAGGUCUUCCACAAGUUCAGGUUCCCCGCCGCCGUGGUGGUGGAGGACGACCUGGAGGUGGCGCCCGACUUCUUCGAGUACUUUCAGGCCACCUACCCGCUGCUGCGCGCCGACCCGUCCCUCUGGUGCGUGUCGGCCUGGAACGACAACGGAAAGGAGCAGAUGGUGGACGCGAGCAAACCCGAGCUGCUCUACCGCACGGACUUCUUCCCGGGCCUCGGCUGGCUGCUGCUGGCCGAGCUCUGGGCUGAACUGGAGCCCAAGUGGCCCAAGGCGUUCUGGGACGACUGGAUGCGGCGGCCGGAGCAGCGGCAGGGCCGCGCCUGCGUGCGCCCCGAGGUCUCCCGAACCAUGACCUUCGGCCGCAAGGGCGUGAGCCACGGCCAGUUUUUCGACCAGCACCUCAAGUUCAUCAAGCUUAACCAGCACUUUGUGCCCUUCACGCAUCUAGACCUGUCGUACCUGCGGCGGGAGGCCUACGACCGGGAUUUCCUGGCCCGCGUCUACACCGCCCCUCUGCUGCAGGUGGAGAAAGUGAGGACCAGUGAGCGGAAUGAGCUGGGGGAGGUGCGGGUGCAGUACACGGGCAGGGACAGCUUCAAGGCCUUCGCCAAAGCGCUGGGAGUCAUGGACGACCUCAAGUCCGGAGUCCCCAGGGCCGGCUACCGUGGCAUCGUCAGCUUCCUGUUCCGUGGCCGCCGCGUGCACCUGGCCCCGCCGCAGACCUGGGACGGCUACGAUCCCAGCUGGAAUUAGCCGCGCCGCCUGUGCCUGCUGGCCGCGUUCUGCCGUGUGUUGGACCGAGACCGGACGCAGCCCCUGGGCUGCAUCCUCCUCUGUGUUUCUUUCCUGAGUCCAUUUAACUUUUUCUUUUCUUUUCUUUUUUGGAGUGGCAUUCGAGUGCACAGAUGAUCAAGUGAGGGUUAUUCUCCCGUUUUCAAGGGAGUCAAAUUAGGGGAACCUUACAGGGGUAUAUUGGGGGGAAUUAAGCAGGAAACUACUGUGUGGUAGGGAGAGACUUGGGCUUGUUGGGGCCACAAACCUGCAUGUUCCAGGCUGACUCCCGGGGUGUCUGCAGAAAGGUUGGCAACUUAAGCUCUCUUGACCAGGCCUCUCCCUGUCUCGGUUCUUCCAGCCAGGGCAUGAGCCCCCCCGCCUGUGUGUGCCGCGCAUCCCCACAUUCCCCCACUUGGAGGUGGGGCAGGGUUCUGUGAGAAGAGAAGGUAUCUGGCCAAAAUGAGACUAACCGGAGGGGUUUCAUUAUCAGGGUCUGGCAGGGGACCUUAGGCCCUCAGGGCUGCUGCCUCCUGCCGUGUUUUUCUUCCUCCCUUUCCUUAACCCUAACCUCGCACCUCUUACCCAGCAGCCUAGCCUUUGUGAUUCUAAGAUGACUAGUUGAAGGGGAAGAGCAAGACUUCUCUUCAGCUUAUCCCUGGCAGUGGGGGGAGGCCUUGGUGUGCUGGGGCACACCUCGUUCAUCCUGCCUCAAAGAAACAGGCUCUGUCCCCUUUUCCCAUCCUUUUAAAAUAUGGAUCCUUUCUCCGUUGCUCUAGGAGGGUUUCAUGCUGGCGUGGGGAAGGGAGCUUAGAUCCUUGAGCCUCUUUUCCCCUCAGGUUUUGUGCACAGGCUCCUCCCCGAGGGGUGUGGCUUCAGGCGGCACUCUCAGGGCGAGGCAGAGCAGCAGACAGGGUGGCCCUGGCCCCACUUCUCUCCCCCAAGCAUUCCCAGGUUCCCUCAGAUGAGGAUGCAGAUGGUGGGCAUUGGAGAGCAAUGUGUGUGUGUGUGUGUUUCUGGCCUGACCUCAGUUCAUGCAAGAAAGUUGAAGCUACAAAAUUAUUUUCAAAAAUAAAGUAAAGGCUGAAUUGUCUGAAAAACACUGUAUAUGUAUGUGUUCUGGAAAAGGAGGUGGAGGCUUGAAGAAGGGGCUGGACAGCAAGAGAAGAGGAUCCCUUGAAGGAAGGGAAGCAGAUGACCAGGAGAUGGGUCAGGAAAGAGGCACAGGAGAGCUGAGGAGGGCCCAGGGUGCAAGAAAGGCCAGGCGUGGAGAUGGAGAGGGUCCAAGGCCAUACUCCCCACAGCCGAUCUCCAGAGGUGGGCUAUGCGGCCUCCCGUGGGCUUGGCCUUGCCCCCGAGCCUGAAGGCCUGGUCUGAGAACAGGGCGGGCGGGCCUCGCCUCGUUGGGCGCAGUGUGUGCGGGGUGCCCCUCUCGUGGCGCAGGCGGCGCUUUCCGGGUAUCCUCCAGGACCUGCCACCGAGCUCCGGGAUAGCCAGGCAAGAAAACAGGAACAUAGAGGUUACCUUACCCAAGGUCACACACCCAGAAGAGGGAUUUACAUUCUCACGACCAUUGCCUAAACCAGGAGAUGCGCUGUAUACCUGUAUUCAAGGCAGAAGACCUUUAUCUGACAAGAGCAUCAGUCUGGCAGCUGGACCAUAUAGGCCCAAAGUGAUCACAGCCUAAACAAGAUGGUUUAUUUCUCGUUCGCUCUGAAGUCCGGGUUGGGUGGUGGUUCAGGGCUGCUGCUGAAGGUCCACAUGCACCAGGGACUCAGUCCAGCAUCCUGCCUUCCUACAGCUUUAACACAUGGCUCCCAGCUCCUGCUGAAGAUGGUGCCUUGGCUCUGAAAGGAGGAAGAGGGAAGGAGAGGGCAAGCCCUUUGUUUUUUGAAUGAAACGCAGAAUUUGCACGUAUCACCUUCCGCCACCUCCCACUCACCACGACUUGGUGGUGCUCCCCUAGUCAGGGGAGACUGGGAGAUGGGGUGGUAGCCACAACUGCAGCUAAAACUUCAUAACAGGUAAGAGUAGGAGGAGGAACCGCUUCGGGAGGAGGCGGUUCCCUGCCCAGGGCAAGCUCCCUAUGAAUUCCAGGAGACUGAAGGAAGGCAAGAGCAGUAAGUUGGAGAUGAAAGGGUUUAUUCUCACGGUUCUGAACCUUGUUCUGAACCUGUCGCGCUCUCUGGCACUACUCGGGACCCCCUCACUCUCGCUCCCGAGCUCCCAGCUUGCUCACUCUCUCUGGCCAUUUUCCCCAUGAAAGAUUAGCCUUCCUUGGGUGUGAGCAAUAUGGCAAAACUUAUCAAAACCUCUCCUUGGAGACAAUAUUUGCUUAUUUUUCAAACUUUCUAUUUAGCAAAAGGGAGAAGCCCCUGAGGACCCCAAAUGGAGUAGGUGAGGGGUGAUGGGGCCUCACCAGGGUCCCCAGUGCCUCCCCUAGGAAGACAGACAGGAGCAGCAUGCUGAGGGACCAGCCUCAUGAAGCUGUGCAGUGGGAGUGAGGUCAAGUCAUGAAAGGUACCCUGCUUCUGUCUCGUUUGCUGGGCUGUUCAGGCUGGGAGCCCUGAGCUGUGUGGAGCGGCCAUGUAAGGUCUGGCAGCCGUGCGCCCUGCUGCGGAGGGCACAGCCCUGUGAGGGAGCUGUGUUGCCUACCCAUCCGGGAGCCUUUGGACAUCUGCAGCCUGGCUGACAUCUAGCUGCACCUGCCCGGGACACCCCAAGUUAUACUGGCCCAUUCCUGAGCUUAUGACCUCCAAAUAGUGAGCAAAGUAAAAUGGCUGUUUUAUGAGGCUAAGUUUUGAGGUAAUUUGUUAACUGAUAAUAGUACCCGGUAUUCUCAGGUGUAGUGUUCCAUCACUGAAAUCUUAGAAGAGUUUAUGUAACCAGAGGAAAAUGUUUAAACAAAUACUUUGAGAAUAGGAAUUUUUAAGCAUUUAUGCCUCAACACCCAAGGGCGAGGAUGUUGUUAUCUAGAAGACUGGUUCAAUUAUUUAGGUAGUAAUGAUCUUUGAAUGAAUGGAUGUGCAUAUCUUUUUUUUCUUCCAAAUUUUUAUUAUGAAAAUUCUCAAACCUGUAGAAAAGUUUAAAGAUCAUACCAAAAGCCUCCUUCCACUGAGAGGAUACAACAAUUGCUAUUUUGCUAUGUGACAAAUAUAUAUAAUUUUCUGUACCGUUUGACAGAAAGCUGCUGAAUGAAUAUUUUAUUUUCAUAUAAUCUCUUUGAUCAUAUAAGUAAUUACACUCAUUGUAUAACUGUAAAAUGUAGGAGAACAAAAAGAAAAACUUAAAAAUCAGCCACUUUCCAAAAUAAACUCUUCUAUAUCUGAAAACAAGUAAACAAAAACAAAACAAAAACAAAGGAAAAUAAAGUUCAUCCAUAACUGUCUUGA